AGACACAUCACAGGGACACAGGGUUUUUGAGCUGCUUGGUCCAAAAUCGCAAACAUGCCGAAGAAGAGAGGGAGAGAGAAGCACCACAACCCGGAGCCAUUUCUGGCCGCGGACGACGACGACGGCGCCUCCGUGGCCACCAAGAAGCGAACCAAGUCCAAGCAGCACCAGACCGACGAGACUCUGAUCUCGUCGGGCAUGAGCGCCAAGAUUCUCAAGCAGGCUCAGCUCCAGCAGAGAGAAGUCGAGGACGACGAGAAUCGAGCCCAAAACCCCAACGCGCUGCUCGACAUCACCGAGGAGCCAAUCGCGGAUGAGUCCGAUGACGAGGACGAGGACGAGGACGAUCCCGAUGACUUCGGCGGGUUUCUCGAUAAUCGCGGUGAGGAGGAAGCGUUUAAAGUGACGAAUAGGAUGACGAAGGAGAUUGGGAAAGAGUAUGAGAAGGAGCUAGGUAAGGCGGCGGUGGAGGAGGAUGAGAGAUUGCUGGAUGCGUUUCUUUCCAAGGAUGCCGGGCCGCAGCUUACUCUUGCGGACCUGAUUGUGGCCAGGAUUAAAGAGAAUGAUUCGAGUAUCACUCCAUCGAAUUCAGAUAUGCGGCCUUUGCCCAAGCUGGAUGCGGACACCAUAGAGAUCUUUAAGGGGGUUGGCCAGUUUCUGAAAAAGUACACGGCUGGGAAGGUUCCCAAACCCUUUAAACACAUCCCUUCAAUGAAUCAGUGGGAAGGUGUCCUAUAUUUAACUGAGCCCGAGAAUUGGUCUCCAAAUGCAAUGUAUCAAGCUACAAGAAUUUUCGCUUCCAAUUUGACAGCGAAGAAGGUAGAGCGUUUCUACAAGCUUGUCUUGCUACCGCGUGUGAGAGAAGACAUUCGGAAGAACAAGCGCUUGCAUUUUGCCCUUUAUCAGGCUUUGAAGAAGUCUCUUUACAAGCCCGCUGCCUUUUUCAAAGGAAUAUUGUUACCUUUGUGUGAGUCAGGAACGUGCAAUCUAAGAGAAGCUGUUAUAGUUGGGAGCGUCUUACAAAAGGUAUCCAUUCCGCCACUUCAUUCAAGUGUUGCAGCAAUGAAGCUGGCAGACAUGGAAUACUGUGGUACAACGAGUUAUUUUAUAAAGCUUCUUCUGGAGAAAAAGUAUGCUUUGCCAUAUCGUGUAAUUGAUGCUCUUGUUGCACAUUUCAUGAGAUUUAUGAAUGAAACAAGGGUAAUGCCAGUGAUAUGGCACCAAUCACUUCUUGCAUUUGUGGAAAGGUACAAAAAUGAUAUACUAAACGAGGAUAAGGAUAACCUUAGAGUUCUUCUUCAAACACAAAGGCAUGAUCUGGUAACUCGUGAAAUAAGAAAAGAGCUAGAUAAUAGCCGCAGUCGUGGUGAGAAGGCGGAUGACCCUAUGUCAAUUGCUUCUCCAGAUUCUGUGAUGAUUAAGCCUGUUGAAGAAGAUAUGUUUGAUAUUCCAGAGGUGCCUAUGGAGGAUGACUGAUUUAGUCCCAGGUCUGGCUGAGUUGUCCAAUGAAAUAUUUCUCCUGGAAGAAGAUGCAAUGUUGUUCUUUCAGAUGUGAUACAUGUUUUUUUGACCAAAUCACAGCUAUCUAUAGGCUUCAUAAUCUAGUUUGUGCAUAUUCAAAUUCACAUUCAGAGGCACUCUCCUUGCAAUGGCAAUUUGAACUCCUGAUAUUUAUCAAUACUUCGUUUUUUGGUAGUUCUUACUGAAUAUUCUUUGAUCAGUUGUAUUGAAAUUGAGACCUCAAUGUGAAAGUGCAAAAAGUUUUGGCAAUUCUCCGGUGAUUUUCUUU